AUGACGAACAACGACGCAAAUCGGUUCAGGAAGGAAAGAAAAAGUAGCGGGGCUGGAAUAACGGAACGACGGGACGUUUCAGCACAUGUGGUUCCGAGCAGAACAACUUUCGUGGAGGGGGGGAUCGCCGUCAUUCGCUACGUUAUUCCCAUCGCGUCGUCCUUCUUCUGCUCUUCAUUUCCCACUCCGAUUUGUCAUAACCUCUCUGGUUCCCAAAAGAUAAACUUGUUUUGAAACAAUGGAAAGCGGUUUUCGCCAUUUUUCUUCAAAAUUGCAGUAUUUGGAAAAGAAUUCAAAUUCGCUGUUGAGAAUAUCCUCAAAGUUGGCCAGAAUACUUUUUAACAUAGGCGAAGCCGAAAUGGUCAAAAAAAGCUCCAUAAAAAAGCUCCCUUCUAGGGUGAAAAAGGCUCCUUUUUUGCUGCCUUUUAGCGCCAUUUCUUCGGCCCUAAUGCGCCAUUUUUGCUGCUUCUCCCUUUUCCACCAUUUCUUGAGUUUUAAAGUCCCAGAAAAAUGAAAGAUUCGGUAAAGGGACCCUUUCUGCUGCCUUUUUGCUGCUUUUUUGCUGCCUUUUUGCUGCUUUUUUUCUGCCUUUUUGCUGCCUUUCUGCGACCUUUUUUGAGCCUCUCCCUUUUAGCCGCCAUUACCCGCCAUUCCGACUUUGCAAGAGUUACCAGGUGAAUGACCUGGAAACCCUCGAUCUGCCUAAUUUUGUCUAGUUUUUGAGAAAGGUUACCUCAAAGUCAUAGAAAGCUAAAGAAAUCUGUUAAAUUGAGCCAUUUUGCGACUUUGAGCCCGUAUUUUUCGAAAAUCAGAAAGUUUCGCAUAUUGAGACUUUCAGAAUCUUCUUCUGGUACAUUGAGAAGUAUUCUGGCAAAUUUUCAAGAAAUUCCAAACCAAAUAACAAAAUGACUUUCCUAAUAAGGCAGUUGUUUAAAAAUAAGGAAAGUAUCUUUACAAUUUCCGAUUUUUUUAAUAGAAAAAAAUAAAAUGUUGGACUUAAAAAAAUAUCACAUCAUGUUAAUCCAGAAAAAAACUUUUAAAAUUAGCCUGUUUUUUUCUAUUAAUACAUGAGUAUGUCAGGAUUUCAGCAUUUUAGGAUUUCUGACUUAUUUUUUUCUGUUUUGAACUUUUUCGAGUUUAUAGACCGUCGAAAUUUUUUUUUUCAUAAGUUUUAAGCUUCAGAACUAUCUAAAAACUUUAUAUUUUUCUUAUUCGUUACUUUCAAAACACAGAACAACUUCGUGAAAGCGGUUUGUCCCAACUCCAAAGAUUAAUAAAGCAAAUAGUAGUUUUCUGAUCCCUGAAAGGCUCUGGUCACUUGGAAGAGUGCCCAACUUUUUGGUCCCCGAGCAAUCGUUUAACCACUCGAGUGUCGUUCCUUCUUUUCCGCGCCUUGUCACGCCUGGACUGGAAAAUCAGCUUGGUUCAGACCGCCCAUGGCGAGCAGCACGAAGCGUCGGUACGGCACCUACGGCAGAGCCAUAACGUCGCCGGCGCUGCUCUCGAGCAGCGUCGCCUGGACGCGGCCCUCCGAGACGACGCCCGGCCGCUUCUCCAUGAAGACGACGUCGGCCACGCCGCCACCGACUUCGUCCGGUUCGGCGCCGCGUCACGAGUACGCCACGCCGAAUGUGACUGGAUUCACGGCCCGACCUCCGGCGGACCCGAAACAGAGGAGUCGGGUCGAGCGCCUUCGGCAGAGAAUCAGUGAUCGCAGAACUUCGGCUUACAGUAAGAAUUUCGAACUUACUAAAUAAGAAUUGAUCAUCAAAAUAAAGUGUAUGCUAACCAUCCGUUUAGGGAAAAAAAAAAUAAAGUAAGGUAAGUCCAAAAAAAACUUCUCGCUCGUAAUUUUUGUCAAUGAAAAUGAUAAGGAUAUCAAAAAAAUACGAGUUUUAAUGCAAAGUUAGAUGAAGUUGAAAAAAUUGAAUUAAGAUAGGAAAGUUUUUUUGAAUUUAUAUUUUUUUAUCGAACUUUUUUUCCAGUGGCUCCAAACCAAGUGUUUGCUGAAUCCAAGGAAUCUGGCGAUACUUCGAUUCAAGACCUCAUGAACAAGUAUUUGAAAAAGAAGACACCCGAAAAAGAAAUGGGUCGAAAGAGCAGAGAAGGUUCUUCUUAAUUCGAAAUAUUUUUUUAUAACUCUUUUUCAGUUUCAUCAAUAAAAGAGAAUCAUUUAAAAGCUUCGGAUAGUCGCGAUUCUUCUCCGAGCAUCGACGCGCUGAUGAAAAGGUAAUGUAUAGGGUUUUAUUUCAAGAAGAAAGUUGAAAAACAAAUUUUUUACGUUUUGCGCGUGUCAGAGUGUAGUCCGCGCUUUGUGUGGAGGCGACUGCACACCGAAAAAAUGAAAAAUUUCGAAUUUAUUUAUUUAUUUUUUUUGCGUUUUUUUUUGAUUAAAACAAAAGAAAAUGAGUUUCAUUUGUCUAUAAAAGAACCUUAAAAACCGAAAUAAGUGUUUUGUUCGAGAUAGAACCAUAUGUUUCUUGUUAAUUUUGCAUUUUCAGGUACGGCAGCAACGGAUCAAGUCAUCGAAUUCGCGACAGUACUCUUUCGCGUCGAGAAUCCUUGGAAGCGAAUGGCAGCGUGGGAUCUGUUGAUCGGAACAGUUCAAAUAAAAUACCGUGGGAUUUGAAGUUUCAUUAUUAAAAAAAUUAAAAAAAUUAUUUUAGGCUGAACCAAUCCUGUCGAGAAGCGCGAUUGAGCGGCAGCGAUGUCAAAAAUCAAGUGGGAGGUUGGUGAAAAAUUUUAAAAAAAUGUUUUAGGUCAUUUUGCGAUUAUUUAAUUAUAUAUUUCGAUAAUAUAUUUGUUGUUAUAUUUAUUACAGUAAUAUACAGGUCAACAGCGAAGUUCGGCAGCCAACUUUGGUCAAGAGAUUCAGCGUCGUCAUCGAUCCCGGUUAGCUUUUUUUAUAUCAAUUUUCUGUAAUUCAAAAAAAUUUUCAUUGAAUAUUAGGAAUUUCAAUCUGAUUCACCGGACGGUUGAUUAGAUGAAAAAAAGUUCAAACCUUCAUUUUUUUUUUCUCACUUCCCGGUUUCAAAGAAAAGGUAAAGAUUUUUUCGAUUUUUUCAUAAACGAUCAAAGGAUCAGAGGGAGUGCGUAAAAAGAAUCAAAAAUGAAAUUUUUUUGAUUAUUUGGGAAAAGAUUUUUAUUAUAUAAUCUGAAAAGCUCACCACACGAGAAUUAAAAUUUCAGAAAAUUUCCGCAUUUUCAAAAAUUUAUAUGGUCCAAGUUCUGUGCUUUUUUUCGAUCCUUUGAAUUUUUUUAUAAUGAAAAAAAUAAAAUCAAUAACUGAAAUAUUUUUUUGUAGCAUUUUAUUAAAUAUAGAGCAGUUUCCAACUGUAUAUAUCGAUUAUUUUAAAACGUAAAAACAGAUUUUUUUAUUUUUUUAUAGUCCAAUCAUCUUUUUUUCACCCGCUAACUGCCGAAAAAAACAUCAUUUAAAAAUUACAUAAAUAUCAUUUUUUUGAAAUCCAAAAAAAUGUUCCUAAUUUUUUUACGGAGUGUGUCCGUAUUCUUUCUGUUCCGCCCAUCUCUGACAUCUUGGCAAGGUUCCAAUUAAAUCUUUCAAAACUUUCGUUGGCCGAUAUCCCGCUUGUAUAAUCCCAAUACAUAAUUGUCACUCCGAACAAUCAUACCCUUCUCGGCCUUUUUUGCCAGAAGAAGGAGGAAUCUUAGAGAAAGAGACUUUCCAUUCAAAGUAGGCCCUAAUAAAUCCGACCCACCAGAAACCGUCCGUCGAAGCUUUUUGUUUGAAUUGGCGCCCUCCUGCGCCAACUUUUUUCCUCCUUCUCCUUCUUCUUUUUCGCCCGUCUCUCUUCCCGUUGUGUUUGCAACUUUUGCAACACACACGCCGUUCACCUGACUUGUUUCCCCGGCUUCUCCCGCAGAUCCACCCGCGGAAAUCCUCGAGGAGGUUCAGCUCCUUUGGAAACGAUCCAACAUCUUUUCCCGGCUCUUUUUCCUCCUUUGAAGUUUGAACUCAUUUUUCUUCGGUUUUGAAGUCUGAUCUUCUUUAGAGGCUCUUUUUUGAUAAUUUUAACGUGAGGACGAAAAAAAAUCUCUUUUAAAAUAUAAGUUUGUCUACAUCUAGCACCAACAUCUAUCCUUUCCCUGGCUCUUUUCAGUCUUCUUUUGAAGUUUGA